CUUGGAUCAGCUGUGAGCAGAAUUUGUCAUUGACACUAAAUGCUAGCCCACAGAGCUUUUCGGUUGAUUCUUAUUGCUGGAGUUUACACACAGCCCAGCUUUCGAACCAUCAUGGCGUGGAGGUCUCAUGGCAAGGAUAAUGCUGACAUGGUUAGACAUUUGAAAGCUAACCAGAUUAUCCGGUCACAAGAGGUAGAACGCGUGAUGCUGCGCGUGGACCGAGGUUUAUACAGCAAGCACAAUCCAUAUAUGGACUCACCACAAGGCAUUGGAUAUGGUGUUACAAUCAGCGCUCCUCAUAUGCAUGCUCAUGCACUGGAGCUACUGAGUGCACACCUACAGAAAGGUAACCGUGCCCUAGAUGUUGGCUCUGGAAGUGGGUAUCUGACUGCCUGUAUGGGUCACAUGGUUGGUGAAACUGGUAAAGCUGUAGGUAUUGACCACAUACCAGAGCUUGUCAAAUUUGCUCAAGACAACAUUCAGAAGGAUAGUCCAGACCUCCUGUCAUCAGGCACAAUAAAACUUGUUGUUGGUGAUGGUCGACUAGGACAUAAGGAAGAAGCACCUUACAAUGCUAUUCAUGUUGGGGCUGCAGCUCCAACACUGCCUCAAGCACUUGUUGAUCAGCUUGCCCCAGGUGGAAGGCUUAUCAUACCAGUUGGCCCUGAAGGAGCAAACCAGAACCUAGAACAGAUUGAUAAAUUACCUGAUGGGAGCAUAAAACGACAAGUGCUCAUGGGCGUCAUCUAUGUCCCUCUCACUGACAAGGAUCAUCAGUGGCCUGGAAGAUGCCCAGAAGAAAUGACAGGCUGGGAAUGCCCAAUAUAAUACAUUCAGUAUCUUAUGAUAAAUAUCUAUGUGGUUUUUUAACCUGUUGACUGUUCUUAUGCACAGCAUUCAUCCCUUUUCAAGAAGGAGUGUUUUUGAUUUAGUGCUUUACCUGAUGUUAAGUUACCCUUUUAAUAAGUGGAGAUACUAACCUCCGAGGACCGUAGGUGUGGCAGGAGUGUACAUCGCACAAUUUGUCUCCCCCUACAGACGGGAGCUGUGAGUUACGCCAGCUGAAUCAUAAUUCCUCGCAGGUGCUGCUCCCUACUUUAGUUGCCACCUCUGCCUGCAUCUCCGCCACAGCCCACCCCACCAUGCCUCCGCCCGCACCUCCGCCUUGUUAUGCUGCCUCCCAUCCACUACCUGGUCUUCAUCCAUUAAUUGCCACUGAAAUGCCAAUAUCAGGAAACAGGACAUGUGACACAGUGAGUUGCUCUGCUUUGAGAACUGAAUGUAAUAUCUCAUAUAAUCAAGAAGUUAAUAAAUGAAGUCUGUUAUCUAUUUAGUGAUAGAUAUUGUGCCAUCACAAUUUUGCAAGACAGCACAAUCUUCUUAGUAAGUGUUCUUUUCUGUAACAUUAUUUAGCUGAAUUAAUGGCACUGAAAGGAUGUUACCAGUUAUACCUAUAUAGUAGUCAUCAUUGCUUUAUCAUAAGAAAAUAUAAUAAAAGAAUAUGUAUGUUGUAAGCUUAAAACUUUGCUCGCUGAUAGAAGUAUUUUGUUUAAGAACUAUUAGAGCUACUGUAUAGCUAUUCAGAUUCCUUUAAGAAGAACUGCAUUGAGAACACUCUGUGCUGUAUGAUAUGUGUUGCAUGGAAGGUCCAGCUGGCAAAAAAGUGUGGACAAGAAGGGGGCCAGUUGUGGGAAGCUCAGGCAGCUGCAGUCUUUUUGGUCUUGUACUUUGGUAUGUUAUGAUGGCAAAUCUGCCAUAAUACUUACAAAUGUAUGAAGCAGAAUCACUAAUAAUUUUGUUGUUCAUCUCAGCAAAAAUAAUCAGAAUUUUUGCUGUUGUAUAAUCACAGAUUUUGUGAUCAGUGUUUUGUAACAUCAUAUUUGACUACUGAAAUUAAUUUAUUCAAUCCACUCCUACAAAUUGUGUUCUCGUUACAAUGAGUUCAACUCUAGGCCUGUUUGUUAGAGACAAAUAAAAUAUGAAGGAUCAGCAAAUAUUGCUGCUUUACAGUUAAUAUUUUAUGCUCUUGAUGAAAGAAUAUGAAUGUCCUUGCCUACUUAUAGUUAUGCUUUUUAUAGAAGCUCGUAAAUGAUCACAUUGUAAGCAUUGCACUUUACACAUAACUGGAUCCAUUAAAUCGGCAUCCAUAAGACACCAAAAAUAUGGAGUAGGAAAAGCCUUGCAAUCAUACCUUUGCAAAGAAAAAGGUAGAACUUUGAGCAACAAUUAGUUAAGCCCGUUAGUGGAACAAACUUGGGUUAUUUAGACACAGCUUUCACAGAUGAUAAGCAUAUCUCUUGGAGUAUUAGUGCAGACUUUGCAGGAUGUAUCCAUAAAUGUUUGGAGAGUAGAAUUGGAAAGAAUGAGAUAUCUAUUUUUUAUGAUCUGUAAUACUGAAAUAUUUAUAAGUGAAAUUUGUUUUGUUUUUGAUACAUAUGGAAUGACUUACCAGCGGAUAAACAAAUUGCUUUUGUUGCUGUUUCCACCAUCUCAUUUUUAAAAAGGGAAGGAGUACAUGAAUAUGUUAGCAUAAAUUUUACAUAAAUCUGUAUCCCAUAUUUAUUGUGAUUUAUGGAAAAAAUAUGACUGGUGAUGAUGACAAAUAGAAGGAUAUAUUUAUGAUGAAUACUUUUCUUUGCCAUUUCGAGAACAGAAUGUAGGAAGAGACUGACUUGUUACCACACACUAUCAACACUGAUAGUAGAGACUUACAUAACAUCAGUAAAUUGCAUAAUUAUUUACUUUCUGUGACAGAUUUUGUGGUUCCUGCAUUAAUCAUGAGUUUAAAACUAUAUGAAAGGUAUUCAGAGUUAUGAGCUACAUGAUGAGGUGAAUUGUGUAUUUACAGGUUUCUGUUUCAGUUCUUCCCCAUGUUUUCUUGUAAUGGUUGCUUAUACAAAACCACCCUAAAACUAUUAAACAAACAUGAAGGAAUAUCAUUAUCACAGCUUGGUUUGGGGCUUUUGAAGUAAGUACCUUUUGCAGAUUUUGAAAUGUCUAAAAUUCCCAAGAAACCAGAUGCACUAAAAGAUAAUACUCUUCAAGUUUAUUAUAUGUAUGAAGGUCCAAAUUGGUAUUUUUUAUUUAUACAUAUUUUUUACUCUUUGAUUAUUUUUGCAAAUGUUAUAAUUGUCUUUAUUUUGCCUGUGUGAUAUAUUACCAGUAUUAUGUCUAGCCCUAUUAUACCUUGCAGUUUGAAAUACAAAUUUGAACUUGAAAGUAUGUAGUUUGUACCCAUCUCUAAAAUUGGCAUCUGGUAACAUGUGAUUUGUUGGUAAAAUAAUGAGUAAUAAAAGAAGCAGUGUUAGUGUAAAUGCACCUUUGUAUUAUGAAUGAUACUGUUUUAUGUUUUAAAUUUCAUGUAAGUUGGGGACAUUUUAGGGCAAGAUAUGGCAAGAAAUCACAAUGAAUAAAUAAUGAUUUAUUUAAUUUCAAGAUAUGUUGUAUUAGUCAUAAUAACUGACAUCUUAAUUGGUGUAUAUUAUCUGUCUUAGUAGAGAAUCCGUAUUUUUCAUACAAUCAUGAAAAUAAUAAAAUCACUGUAUAUGAUAGGACACAGAAUAUACUCAAGUCAAAAUGUAUGGAACAGGUACUACAAAGAAUUAAAAGCAACAACAAGUA